CCACAAACCAUGAGGACCUUCCCCUCUCUCGUCGUCUCCCUCCCUCGUUGACUCAUUCCCCUGAAAACUUACUGCCGUACCCUCUGUAGGUUCCACUCGUCUUCCUUCAUAUCUCGUCUCCCUUGAGAGUAGAGACAUUGUGUAUGGGAUCUUGAGAUUGAAGCACAAGUGACGGAAGAGGUAAACGGUAAAACCAACAUUAUUCAUUACCGAUGAUGUCCGCAGGAAACUGAGUUACACAGCUUACUGGGAUACACCAACAUAUAUCGCCAAACAAGAAAUAAGAUAAACAAAAUCACGGGAAGAGUGAAGGGGCAUAAACCAUAACUCAGAAUGGUUGUUCUCUCAGAACUUUCAGUUUCAGAAGGAUCUUCAUCCUCUUCAUCAGCUCAAACUCAUAGAUAUGACAUAUUUUUAAGCUUUAGAGGUGUUGACACUCGUCAUAGUUUCACUAAUCACCUUUACAACGCCCUCAUGCAUGCCAAUAUCACUACCUUCAUGGACGAUGAAGAGAUUGAAACCGGGGAAGAUCUAAAACCAGAAUUGGAGAGUGCCAUUAAAGCAUCUAGGGCUUCUAUUAUCGUGUUGUCCAAAAAUUAUGCUACUUCGACGUGGUGUCUUGAUGAACUGGUGUUGAUCCUUGAGCAACGUAUGACAUCCAAUCAUAUUGUCAUCCCCAUCUUUUAUCAUGUUGAGCCCACCCAUGUUAGGAAGCAACAAAGUAGCUUCGAAGAUGCAAUGGCUAAGCAUAGACAGAAGAUGGAGGCAGAGACAAAUUUAAAUAAAAGAAGUCAAUGGGCCGAAAAGAUAGAGCUUUGGAAUAAAGCGCUUAGAGAAGUUGCUGAUUUAAAAGGGAAGGAUGCAAACGGCAGGCUUGAGAGUAUUGAAACAAGAAAAGGGUACGGAAAAUGUUCUAGGACUCACUCUUGAUAUGAGAAUGCUUGAGAAAGAGAAGUUACAUGGAUCACUUGAGUUGAAAACAGAUGCAUUGAAGGCUAAAGCAAAUGAUUGGAUCGUGCUCAAAAGACAAAAGAUUGCUUGGUUCGUUGAAGAUUCUUAAUUUAAGUUUUUGUGAACAGAUUCGUAGUCUUCGUGGCUUUGACCACCUCCCUAAACUUGAAUGGUUAAUACUCAAAGGGUGUAUUGGUUUGCUGGAGGUUUGUGAAUCAAUUCAGCAAUGCUUUGAACUUGCCCUCAUUGAUCUAAGCUAUUGCAAGAAGCUGAAAAAACUUCCAAAAAGCUUAGGCAAGUUAAAGAAAGUUAAAACACUAUUGUUAAACGGUUGUCAUCUUGGUGAAUCUCAAAUCAGGAUUAGGGAUAUGGAUUCCUCAGAAAUGCUCAAGGCAAACAAUAUUGGCAUAAACACUAUAACCUCUUCCUCCACUGUUGUGGAGGUUAUGCCAAGUUAUUCAAAGUUCUCUGUGAUUUCUUUACCGAGAUCUUUAGUGAGCUUAUCACUUGAGAAUAAUAAUUUGUCCUCUGAAUCAUUUCCUAUGGACUUCAGUUGCUUGCCUAUGUUAAAGGAAUUAACUCUAGAUAAAAAUCCUAUUGUUUCCCUGCCCAGUUGUGUGAGAACCCUUCCUAGGCUUGAGAUACUUAGUAUGAGCGAUUGUAAAAUGCUGACAACAUUUGAGCAUCCACCACAUACACUCACACAUUUGAACCUUCAUUCUAAUAAGUGUUUUUUACGAAAAGUUGUAUUUGAUCCACAAAUGUCCCCACUCAAGUUAGCACUAGGACGGAGGAUCUUGGUACAUUCAUCAUCUGAAUUUGAAGGUGUGAUCAAAAUCCAACCAAUGGCAGGUGUUGAGGAAAAAGUAUUACAUCGUCUGGGCUGGACUAAUCUAGACUUCCUGAACGGAAGGCACGUGACAACUUCUUCUACUUAUGGGGAAUCAGAUGAAUCUGAAAUCCAGAUGUAUUAUGAAUUUGGAAUAUUCAGCACAAUUUAUGGAGGCGAAGAGAUGCCGAAUUGGAUUAUAGAUAGAAGCAUGGGGCCAUCUAUAUCAUUUACCAUCUCAUCAUCUACUAACAAUCUCACUGGAUUAAAUUUCUGUUGUGUGUUGGCAUCUCCAUUUCCCGAUGAGGGGAUUGAUUUAGUAGAUGAUGUUCUCCUAGAUUUGCCGGUGAUCAAAAUUUGUAAUAUAACAAAGAACCUCACCUGGAUAUACCAACAUUACGUUGACAGUGUACUUGAUAUCGGUGGAAAGUGCUUGACAUUGUUAAGUCAUUGGAUGUUUGGGAUGAACGAGAUGGAAUGUGGUGACCACGUUACUAUUAUGGUGAUGUGGGAACCAGAUGAUAUUGGUGAUGCAGUUAUCAAGGAGUGUGGGGUUGGUUUUGUAUAUGAUGAUGGCAACAUGGAUGAGAAACAAGAUGUGUUAGGUUAUUACAAGUCAUGGAAUCACAUUAUUGGUCGAGAUCUCACCGGAUUUCAAACAACAACAGGAGAAUACAUCCUAAACAAAGAUGGAAUUUUGUGGCCUGGCCUUGAUAUAGUUCGACUAAACUAUUAUUAUCUAUGUGGAGAAGGCGCCCACUUUAUAGAUAAUGAAUUUUACUUCAAAGCCUUGUCCUAAAGGAAGACUGGCGUACUUGAGGAUGGCCGCUAAGAGGCAGAGGCAGUGUUGUUGGAUUUCAGGUCAACGUUGAAUAAUAAAGACUUCAAAAGUUAAAUGUGGACAAUAUUUGUUGGAUUUAAUUUUGGACGGAGGUAGUACAAUAUUUUUUCAUAGGCAUAUGGAAUAAAACCUGCAAACAUUGAUUGUCUUAUUCGUAGCCAAGGCUCUUAACAGCAGUUCACUAAAAGUGUAAAGGAGG